AUGUUAUAUACAGUAGCGCUCAAAACGCUACUGAGAUGCUGUGGCACAAGAGUAAGAGUCGAAAUGUCAUCAGGAAGAAGUCGCCGUGGAGGCGGAGGAGGUCGUAGACCGGGUCCACGUCGCGAUCCCGCAGUCCUCGUAGAAAAUCAAUUGGCCGAUACCCCAGGUCGCUGUCCAAGAGUCCAAAGAGAUCCCCAGUCACAAGAUACUCCAGGUAUGAAUUAUUUACGUAAUUAUCGGUAUUGUAAAGUAUUUCAGAUCGUUUUACCGGUCCAGUGGUCAUUGAGACGAUGUGCUACUAACAGUCAUCGUUCAUCGUUCGUUGAAUCUUGA